AUGAGGGCCACACAAACCCUCCUCUCAAGAGGCUUCUUCGGCCGUAGUAUGGAUGAGCUCAGGCGGCCUGUGAGCUUCGAGGCUAUCAAAGGCGCUACACAGCCCAAGCCUCUUUACGAGUUCAACACCCCCGAUAGCGUUCGCGACUGCAUCAUCAUGACUGACAAGACCAUCGGCGGCUUCUCAGAGAGCAACUUCGACUUCCACAAAUCCACCGACGCCAACAACGACGCCAACAACGACCCCAAGAUACCCUCUGCUUAUGCCCGUUUUCAUGGCAACAUCUCUACUCGCCUCCCCUCCGACCGCCCCAAUAUUCAACGAACUGGCUUUGCUGGCUUCCGGUCUCCGGAUCAAAGGCCAACCGCCUUCGGCCGUUCCAUGUGGGAUAUUGAUCCAUACAUCUACCUCGCCCUGCGUGUCAAGUCGGAUGGCCGCAGUUACUUUGUCAACUUGCAAACCGAGAGUGUCGAACCAUCAGAUUUACAUCAACAUCGAUUAUUCCCCAAACGCCCGGGCCAAUGGGAAACAGUGCUCAUAAAAUGGAACGACUUUGUGAGGACGAAUCACGGUUUUGUGGUGGAACCUCAGACUGAGAUGCUUCGACAGAAGGUCUUGACUGUGGGUAUUGGACUAACAGAUCGUGUUGAUGGUCCAUUCGAGUUGUGUAUCGAGAGAGCGUGGGCCACCAAUGAUCCCAGUGAGGUUGAAGUGGCAGAAGAACCCAAAACUGAGACUGUGGCACAGGGAGGCCAGCUACGGAACAAGAAGGGCGAAAAAGUACGGUGGUAG